AUGGCCACAACUCCGGCAGGCCGCAUGCUGGCUCGUCAGCUACAACAAAUGCAAUCGGACAAAGACCUCCCUGGGAUCAGCUGCGGUCUUGUGGACAACAAUGUGUUCGAGUGGGAGGUCAUGCUCAUGAUCUCUGACGAUGUCAAGUUAUAUGGCGGUGGCUUCUUCCGUGCCCGACUCUCCUUCCCCGACGAGUACCCACACAUGCCCCCGAAGAUGAAAUUCGAGCCGCCUCUCUUCCACCCCAACAUCUACCCCAACGGCGAAGUCUGCAUCUCCAUCUUGCACCCCCCAGAGGAAGACAAGUACGGCUACGAGUCCGCCGCAGAGCGCUGGUCCCCCGUGCAAACGCCUGAAACCAUCCUCCUGUCCGUAAUCUCCAUGCUCUCCAGCCCCAACGACGAGAGCGCCGCGAACGUCGAGGCUGCGCGUCUGUGGCGGGAUGAUCCCAAGGAAUUCAAGAAGCGCGUCCGCAAGUGUGUCCGCGAGAGUCUUGGAGAGGAAUAA